CUACUGGUUCGAAUUGAAAAAUAUUACAUAAUGUCUUUAAGCCAGUUCUUGACUAGUUUUUUUCAGAGAUUGACAUAAGAUUUGUCUUUUGAUGUCAGUGUUUGAUUUAUUGAAUUUAUAAAUUUGUAAAAUAAUAUUUAUGAUGAAUAAUCACCCAUUUAUUGUGUGGUCCUCUUGUUUUUUGUGGUUUACAUCAAUUUUCUCUAUUACUUGGUCAAUAAUUUUAUUUUGUUGUAUGUAUGAAUUGAUCCUUUUAUUUAGUAUCAGUAAAAUAUUGAUUAUUAAAUAUUUGCUAAUACCUACUUACGAAUUUAUUUUAAAGCAAUGGGUGACAUGAUGGAAUUAACAGGACUGGAUGUGGUGAACUCUUUCGUGUUAUUGUCGGGAAUAAUAAUGAUACCAAUGAACAUACAAAUGCUGUUCUACAUAGCAAAUGGAAAGAGGAUAAGUCGAGACUCCGACGUAAUUUGCUGUCCAUUGUGGUUAUGUGCCCUAUGGAUAAUACUUAUAAAUGUCGCAGCUUCCCUGUUAUGCGCCAGAAAGAUUUCUUGGUGCCGUCAAAACACUGACUCAUUCAUAGAAGAAAGCAUGAAGUAUUACAGGUCAUGCCCGAAAUAUAAACGGUUCAUGGAUAAUAUACAAUGGUCAUUGAAAUGUUGCGGGUUGGAAUCUUUUAGAGAUUGGUUUUCUUAUGAUUGGUAUGAUAAAAUAAGAGACUAUGAAUGGGAUCCAAGUUUAAAUAGACGUAAAAAGUCUGAAGAAAUAUCGUCGUUGACAUCAGAUAGUGUUCCGUUGAGCUGUUGUAAAAGCGGUUCCUGCAUAUCGAACUAUUUGAUGGAGCUGGGAACGCACUCUAUUAAUACGCAAGGAUGCGGUGCCAACCUGCAUAAAGUCAUCAUGAUUACAUUAAUAACACACCUAACUUUAUUCCUCAUUGUUAUAAUAGAUGAGAUUUUACUCUUAAAAUAUAUAAUGAAACAAGAUAGACCUUGCAAUGAUCCAUACGUACGACGUAGAAGUGCAGUGGAUGUUAGACAAAUAAUGAUCGCAAAAGAUAAUUUUGACGCGUCAAGUCGUUCCUCUCAAAUUAAUCCAGAUGAUAGCGACGAAGAUCCUUAUCCGAAUAUAAAAAAAUGAACUGGAA